GGUGGGCGCGGCUGCUGCCGUCGCCGCCCGGACGGGGGCCUCGCCCGAGACAGCUCGCGCGAAGCGUGACUCCGCCGCCAAGAUCGGCCGGCAAUGGGCCAACCCUGUGGCCGCGUGGGCGCUGUCCGCCGCCCGAGUUUUGGAUUGGGUUGGCCACGAGCCCCUCAUUAUGAGUCUCGAUUGGGCUCGGCUUCGCCCGCGCCCGCCGCGGCGGCGACUGCCGAUCGCGUUGCCGUUGCCCUCGCCAGCCGAGGGCGCCCGAUUUCGACGAGGAGGUGGCCGCUGUUGCUGGAGCGUGGCCGCGGAGUCUUGCUGGGUCGAGGCCCUUGGAGGCGAUUCCUUCGCCGGGCGCCACCUCGGCCGUGGCCGUGCGAGGCGCGUGGCGAGGCGGCGCCAGUGCGAGCGGCGCGCGCGCCCUGGCCGCGACGCUUUCGCCAGUGAUUUGCCGAGCAUUGUUCAGGCCCGUUUGGUGGUGAGACAGCUGCGCAGACUUGCCUCUGCUCGGGGCCUCCGCAGGCGCGCGAUCAACGGCGCCCCGCUGCUGGCGAGCCCCGCCCGCCAGGAGGUCUGGCAGUCGAUCAGGCUUGCGGGUGGUUUUGGUGCGUAUUUCCACGCUUGGUGGGGCGCCCGCCCACCUGGGAACCCAUGGCCGAGUUUUUCCCCUCGCGACGCGGAUGCCUUUGAUUUUCGUGAGGCCUUGAUUCUUGCUUCGCAAUCGGUCCUCGGUGCGCUCUGGCGCCGGAUCAAAGCUGGCCGGCCUCGAGAGUGCCGGGCAGCUCUGGCCGCAGACCCCGCAGACAGCACCCGCCUGUGCCGGCAGGCCGCCCGCCCGACCAUGCCCCCUGUAGCCGCCGUGCUGCGGGGCGACGACGGCCGCUGGGUGACAGAGAUGACCCAAAAUGACGAUGCAAUCUGGGGCCACUGGUAUCCAAUCCACUGUCGCCGCAACGGCGCUGAAGAUUGGACGGCGGCUGCGGAUUUUAUUGCGGCGAGUUGCGUUCCCUAUGGGGGCUUGGACCUCGCCCUCGGCGUCUCCAAUUUCCGCGAUUCGUGCCGGCGCGUGGCCCCUCGGACUGCUAUCUCGGCGUGUGGUUGGCGACCGCGCGAGAUGCCCAGGCUCCCGGACGGCUGCGUGGGUGCUCUUCUUGGCUCUUUUGCGACAUUUCUCGGUGCGCGCGAGUGGCCCCAGCUGCUGCUCCAGUGCUCUGUCUCGCUGAUCCCCAAGCGCGAGCCCGCUCGGACUGCCGCCGAUCUCCGGCCCAAAGCUGUCCUGAGCGUCGUCCAUCGUGCUUGGUCCAGCGGGGUCGCUCGCCGUCUCCUUGCCUGGGCCGCGGCGCCAUUCCUGCCCGCCGGCAUUAGGGGUGGCCUCGACGGUCGGGGACCCAUGGGCUGCUAUCUCGAAGGCGCUUUCGAGAUUGAGGCUGCCUGGCCCGAUGGCGUCAGCAUUGCCAGAGCCACCGCUGGUGUCAUUACGUUCUUCGACCGCCUCUCUCGUGAG